GCUAGCAAGACUGCUAUCUCUCCUAGCGCGUUAUUUUUAAAUUUGUAAUGAUUUACUUUCUACAUUUUCCACUCUGUAUCGUCAUUAUCGCUUGCACUGGAUUCAAACUAAACUUGAAUGAAUAGAUGUCCUAGAAAAUCCGCGUUUCCCAGAGUCCUUUUUGUUGAGCUGUGCACAGCAUUGAGGAUAGCCGUAGCUGGCUAGCUUGUUGUUAGCUGCGGACAAAUCUGGUGCAGGCAGGUUUUUGCACUGCGGACACUGCUUCUCUUGUUUGGAAGUCAUUGUUCAUCGGUGGUUGUAUUUAAAGUUGUAUUUUAAAUAAGGACUGUAAAGAGCAUGCAGCUUUAUUACGGAACUGAAGGAUAACGAUUUAGUGAAAACAUGCAAUGCUCUGAAUAAUGCUUUUGGCAGCAUUAUGAAUUUAAAUCAGCAACGUUGGAUGACAAGCAUGGCAUUUAGACUUUAAGUCAUCCGAAUGCAUUUCAUCUCAAAUAAUAAUCUCAUCUGCUGCAGUGUAAAACGUGUGUUUAGAAGUUGCGUGUUAUAAUAACUAUUUAUUGACCAACCUGUGUUUUAAACCGACAAUAAUGGAUAAGAAAUCAUUUGAUAUAGUGUUGGAUGAGAUAAGAAAGUGUGUCCUGACCGAUCAACGGAUCAGAGCCAUAGAGCAGGUGCAUGGGUAUUUCUCCAGUGAGCAGGUGACGGAGAUACUGAAAUAUUUCUCAUGGGCAGAACCACAGAUCAAAGCAGUAAGAGCUCUGCAGCAUAAAAUGGUUGCAAUCCCUACAACCAAAGUGGCAAAUAUCCUGAAUUGCUUCACCUUCUCAAAAGACAGACUGGCUGUCCUGGAACUAAUAGCUUUGAACAUUUCAGAUGCUCAAAAUUAUCGUCCUGUAGAGGAUCUGUUUCGCAUACACUUGUCUGAGAAGAAGCGAGCUCGCAGGAUACUGGAGCAAGUAUGUAAGGUUGGCUGCAAGGCUCCGGUAGCCAUGAUCUCGUCCUGUGGUAUGAUACCAGGGAAUCCGUACCCUAAAGGUAGACCCAGCCUGGUCAGUGGAACAUUCCCUGGAAUUCCUCCAGUAAAGAAAGAAGCAGAUAAGAAAGAGGACACCUCUAACAAUCUUGAGGGGAAAGGAAUUUCGGCUCGUAUCAUUGGACCUUUCAAACCUUUUCCAUCAACCUACAACCCUCAUCGGCCUGUGCCCUACCCUAUACCACCGUGCCGACCCCAUGCCACCAUAGCACCAAGUGCGUACAACAACGCAGGCCUUGUUUCUGUGGGAGGGGUUAUAACAACGAGCGUGCCCCCUCCCCCCUACAACUCCACCCACAAAGUAGCAGGUUACGCCAAACCAGGCAAUCCACAGCACACCACCCCUGGAGUCAAGAGCGGGCCCCUCCUCAUCCCUCAUGGGUCCACGCCUUCAACCCCUGUCCCACCUCAAGCUUCUCCUGCUCAGCCACCUCCCACAACCCCCAUCACACCAGUUUUCCCUGGCAUGGUGCCCUCUCACAACCCUAAUGCCCCCUCUCCCUCCCCUGUUCCGUCCCCGUCUGUCAUCAAAGCAGGCCCACAGACCCCCAGUGGCCAUGUUCCACCUACACCCUCAUCCGUCAUUAAAGCCCACACACCUUCAGGUACCCCUUGUGGAACUCCUGUCCCCGGCAACGGUGGCUUCUCCCCUUCUCCCUUCCAUGCCGUUUCCCGACCAGGCACCCCUGCUUCCUCCCGUAGCGGCCCAGACCCUUUAUCUCAGACCAACUCCAUGGGCUCAAACCAGCAGAGGGUUUUUUCUCAGUCCACGGACCACCAGUCAGGACACACUCACCAUGGCAUACACCCACAAGCAGGUAACCCCUCUGGGUCAGUGAUCCGAAGUUACACCCCCUCUGGACAAUCCACUCCGGUUAUUCCGGGCUGUUCCACCCCAGGUCUCAGUCCCAAACCCUCCCCAUCUCACUCUGCACAGAUUCAGGCUGCCAUGGCCGCGGCUGGAGUCCUGAACAGACACACUGGGGGUGGUAACAGUGGCAGUAACAGCCCUGUGCACUCUGCUUUCAAGGGCACCUCUCGCUCUGGAACACCAUCCCAGCUCAGCUCUCUUGUGGUGCAAGGUUCUGCCCAGGCUGCCCUGGCACGUUCCUUGGGUCUGUCACACCCCUCGGGUUCUCCUCAAGUCUCUCUCUCUAGUCCUGUUGGUAUGGCCGGCUUCCAAGCUCUGUCCUCCAGCCCAGCACCCUCUCAUUAUCCUGGCCUGUCCCCCUUUCCCUCCCUUGCAUCCUCUCUCCCUCCUUCCUCCAUGCCUUCAUCCAUGUCCACAAUGGCUCCCACUACCAACAUGUCUAACCAUCCACAAACCUCCAUCUACUCUGGCCUGGCCCAUAAUGCUGCCCCCGGUUCAGCCUCCCCUUACGGUCUGGGCCUCACCUCUGCCUCCUCUUUAUUCUCAGGCCUUCCGCCUGGUGCUAACCCCGCUGCUUUCCCAGGGUUAGGGGUUUCAGGAGGGCAUGGUGCUGGGAGCCCUGUGUUGUCUUCAUUCAUGGGCCUGCCAGGGGCCUCUUCAUCAUCAGUAGCAUCGGUGUCACCGCUGCAGGCAGCAGCGGCGGCAGCAGCAGCCGCAGCUGGAGUUCCAUCAUCAUCGCCAGUUUUACCGGGCUUCGCGUCUGCUUUCAGCUCCAACUUUCAGCCUGGGUUGAGCAGUGGACUCCAGCCUCCAGGAAGCAGCGGGUUCCCCGGCUUGCUAUCCUUCCCGGGGAUGCCGGGCUUCUCUCCCUCUGCCUCUCCUGCUACCCUCGGUGGCCUCCACAACCAAGCCAUGCAGUCUGCCCUGCUGCAGGCUCAUUCCACAUCUGGGUUGGAGAACUUCCCUCCUCAGGCCAACAGUUACACCAACUAUCCCCCAGGCCCAGGAAACCCCUUUCCCCUCCAACCAGGCCUGCACCCCCAGUUGGGUUGGCAGUGAAACCCACAAAGAAACAUUGAGUACCCGUCGCUCCCUGUUGUACACCCGGCCCAACCCCUCAGCAGUUGACAUGUCUUGAACCCUGAAGAACACAAGACAGAUUGAAGAGUUUCAAUAAUGAGUAUGUCACAGCCAGAGUGACUCUACUACUACAAAAUACACUAUGGUGAAAACAGUUGAAAUAGUGUGUUGGGGAAAUGGCAUAUUUCCUAUUUUAUUCAUCCUGAACAGUUGUAAAUAUCAGAUGUCAAAGUUGAUAGGUUUUACAAGUAGACCAUGACUGGUUUAAAUGUUAGCUGGACUUGGCUGUUUUUAAUCAAGUUUAUCAACAUUUAUUAGUGAAUAAUGAAUUAUAGAAAUGAAAUUGAAAAAAAUGUACAUGAUAUCAUGUAAUGAAUUGACAGUAUCUUCAUGUAGUAUUUCAUGCAGUCACAGUGGAGAGGACAUGCGUAUGAUUCCGAUUGAUUAUUGUGUUAUGACAUGAAUUAUUUUGCUGUUUGUUUUAUGUUAUAUUGUACUGUAUGGCGCAGUCAUAUUUUGAUGAGGGACCAUCAUUUCUUUGAUCCUAGUGCUUUGUCAGGGACGGGAGCGUUGUACACAAAAACUUGCAUUUGGCAGUUCCACUCAUGUCUGUGUUAAAUUUCAGUGAACACACACACACACACUUGUGGCUGUCGGCAGUCUACUGUGAUUCACAUUGCAUAUGUUUACACAUUUGUUUUGACAGACGUCACCGUGCUAGUGCUAUUAUUACAGUAUUGACCAGAUAUACUGUAUGCAGAUGUUUCUGAGAACAAGCAGAUGUUGAUUAAUAUAUGGACUUGAGAUACAAAAUGUCUAUAUUCUUCAGUAAUGCUUUGCAACAUAGUGAAAACUGUAAUUUUACCUCAUUAACUGUAAACCCCAGUACACUCGGAGACGGUUACAAGUGAUAGACAAGCUGUUUAAUGCCCUGUGUUUUUAUUUUUGUCCUUUUUGUAUUUGCACCUGUUUUCUUAUUUUGUCAGUAAACUGCUGGUCGCUGUAGCUGUUGCUGUAUCUCUUUUCUGUGCCAUGGCUAUCAGGGAAGCCAAUGCUUUUAAAGAGGUGUAACAAUCAACACCUGUUUAUGUGACUUUUUAAUAAAAUAUCA